AUGGGAUUUGUUCACGAUAUUUCAGAUUCUGUUCAGAGACACCACGCCCAGGUGGCCGAGUACGGCGUUUUAGGGUAUGUGGGUGUUUUUCUUGUGUUGGUGUUUUCGUACUGGUUGUACCGUACACUUAAGAUCUUCUACUUGAGAAAGAAGUUUGGUGCAGAAUUGGCGCCAUGGAUUCCAGAGUCAGGCUGGUUCAACUCGAGACCAGCGCUUGAGAUGUUUGCCAGAAAGAGAGAUGGCAAUUUGGUGGGCUGGUUGUGGACCAUUUGGAAUGGUGAUAACGAGAACUUCAGAGUGAGAAUUGGCGGUGAUACAUUGUUUGUUACUACUGAACCAGAUAACUUGAGAGCCGUGUUGGCUACCCAGUUUAACGACUUUGCCUUAGCCUUGAGACACUCUCACUUUAAGCCCGUUUUGGGUGACGGUGUGUUUACCUUGGACUACUCGGGCUGGAAACACUCGAGAGCUCUUUUGAGACCAAACUUCUCCAGAGAGAAGGUGUCCCACACUCAGGCUUUGGAGAAGCACGUUCAGCAUUUGUUCAGACACGUCAGAAAGCAUCAGGGUAACAAGUUUGACUUGCAAGAAUACUUUUACCGUUUUACCGUUGACACUUCAACUGAGUUUUUGUUUGGCCAGUCUGUGUAUGGUCUUUUGGAUGAAACCAUUGGCGAGUACCGUGACGAGGAGUUUGAAGGUCAGUUUGAGUUUUACGAGGCUUUCAACCGUGCCCAGGAGAUUUUGUCUACUCGUGCUUGGAUGCAAAAAUGGUACAUGUUCCAUAACCCAAUGGACUUCAAGAGGAAUACCAGAAUUGUUCACAACUUUGCCGACUAUUACGUGAAGAAGGCUCUUAAUAUGAGCGAAGAGGAGCUUGAAAAGGCAUCUGACGGUUACAUUUUCUUGUAUGAACUUGUUAAGGAGACGAGAAACCCUCAAAUGUUGCGUGACCAGUUGUUGAAUAUUAUGAUUGCCGGUAGAGAUACCACUGCUUCCUUGAUGACGUUUUCUUUCUUUGAGUUGUCCAGAAACCCAGAAAUCUUUGAAAAGUUGAAGGCUGAGAUUCGUGAGAAGUUUGGUUCUGGUGAGAGCGGUAACAUUGGUGACAUUACAUUUGAGACCCUUAAAAAGUGUACUUACUUGAAGUAUUUCAUUAACGAGGUUCUCAGAUUGUACCCAGCCGUUCCUAUCAACUACAGAUUUGCCAACAAGCAUACGACGUUACCAAGAGGUGGUGGUCCAAACGGAGACAAGCCUGUGUUCAUUGAAAAGGGUACCUGUAUUGGUUACUUGGUCUGCUGCACCCACCGUAACGAAAAGUACUACGGUAAGGAUUCGCAUGUCUUCAGACCAGAGAGAUGGGCUGACAGAAACUUGAAGCCCGGUUGGGCCUACUUGCCAUUUAACGGUGGACCAAGAAUUUGCUUGGGCCAGCAGUUUGCCAUUACCGAAGCAUCGUACGUGAUCUCGAGAUUCAUGAUGGAAUUCGACAAGAUCCAAGACUUCUACCCUGAGCCUGAAAGAUACCCACCACGCCAGGUCUCUCAAUUGACCACUACCCUCGCUACCGGCUGCUGGAUAUCCAUGGAAUAG